UGGGCUUCCUGUUCUUGGGCUCCUUUGGGGGUGGAGAAGUGGUCCUGGGACACCUGGUGUUUAGUGGAUCCUAGGACAUCUCAAAACACCCUGACCACCCACCCUCUCGGGGCACUUUUGUUGGGCAUUUACUUGGUAUCAGACAAGCCCUGAGACUGCAAACAAAUAAGUGAUGGCAGAUUUUUUUUUUUUUUUUUUUUUUUUUUAACAUCAGAGUGCGAGCAGGGCAAGAGCAGAGAGAGAGAAAGAGAGAGAGAAUCCCAAGCAGGUCCUGCCAGCACAAAGUCUGACUCGGGGCUUAAUCCCAUGAGCCUCGAGAUCAUGACCUGAGCUGAAAUCAAGAGCCUGAUGCUUAGCCGACUGAGCCACGCAGGCGCCCUGAGGGCAGAUUUUUGUAGAUGUUUGGUAGUAUCUGAAAUGUGCACCUUAGGAGCGCCUGGGUGGCUCAGUCGGUUAAGCGUCCGACUUCGGCUCAAGUCAUGAUCUCGCGGUCCGUGAGUUUGAGCCCCGCGUCGGGCUCUGUGCUGACAGCUCAGAGCCUGGAGCCUGUUUCGGAUUCUGUGUCUCCCUCUCUCUCUGACCUCCCCCAUUCAUGCUGUCUCUCCCUGUCUCAAAAAUAAAUAAACGUUAAAAAAAAAAAUUGAAAUGUGCACCUUAAAGGAGAUUUCCCAGGAGCCAGAGGAGUUGAAUGGGGGACUCUCAGGCCCUGGCUGCUGCUGGGGUGCCUUGGCUCUCUGGAGGAUAUGGCAGGCAGAGUCAAAGCCCCAUAGAGGAAGGGAUGGACAGGGCGGAAAGCCGGAGGUGCUCUCCUCUCCCUGGCAGGGAGUCCCUGCCCUUGCCCUACCUGAAGCAGGAAGAGCUGCACAACAUCCCCAGCUCGGAGCCUCCCUGCCCCACCUUCCAGUAUGUGCUCUGUGCAGCCACCUCGCCGGCAGUGAAGCAGCAGGAGGAGACCCUCACCUACCUGAACCAGGGCCAGUCCUAUGAGGUGCAGAUGCUCUGCAACCCCAAGCUGGGUGAUACUACCCAGUGGGCCCGGCUGUUGAAGAGUGUGGUGCGUGUGGUUUUCCAUGACCGGCGCCUGCAGUACACGGAGCAGCAACAGCUGGAUGGGUGGAGGUGGAGCCGGCCAGGGGACCGCAUCCUGGACAUCGAUGUGCCACUGUCCGUGGGGGUGAUAGAGCCCCAAGUGCUGCCCUCACAGCUCAACACGGUGGAAUUUCAUUGGGACCCGACCAAGAGGACCUCCCUCUUCCUGCAGGUUCACUGCAUCAGCACCGAGUUCACUCCUCGGAAAAAAGGUGGAGAGAAAGGUGUCCCCUUCCGCCUCCAGAUUGACACUUUCAAGCCCAGUGACAAGGAGCUGCCGCCUGAGCACCUGCACUCAGCUGGCUGCCUCAUCAAGGUGUUCAAGCCCAAAGGAGCUGACCGGAAGCUGAAAACAGACCGGGAGAAGAUUGAGAAACAGCCCCUUCACGAGAGAGACAAGUAUCAGGCUGCCAGUGAGACUACGGUCUUCCUGGAGUGUUCACCGUGGCCAGAUCCCAGUGCAGGGCCCCACCCGCCUCUCAGCCCUCUUGCCCUCACCUCUCCCCACGCCUGCAAGCUCCUGUCCACGGAGAGGCUCUGCUCCUCCCCACCGUUCGCCUUGGACACCUUGGGGGGCAGCCCCGCUGAGGAUCUGAGCCCUGGAGCCUCCAUCCUAGAGACACAGCAGUGGUUGCACCGGCACCGGUUCUCCAGCUACUGCCGGAUGCUGGCCAACUUCACUGGCACUGAUCUGCUGAAGCUUACCCGCCGGGACCUUAUCCAGAUAUGUGGGGCUGCCGAUGGGAUCCGCCUUUUCAAUACUCUUAGAGCCAGGCCCAUCCGUCACCGGCUGACUUUGUAUGUGGCUCAGGAAGCCUCUAGGCAAGAGAAUGAGGUUCCUAAGAACCCUGACUCAGGCUUUUAUCAAGAGAUCUCUCUAGAUGAACUCAGUGUUGUAGAGCUGAAGGGGAAACUGGCUGAGCUCUUGGCCCUCCCAGCCAAUCAGAUCCACCGCCUUUUCCACCAGGGCCCUGGGGGCAUCCUCAUUCUCCUUGGUGACCAGGUGGUUCAGAAUCUUAAGGAUGAAACAUACUUUGUGGCUGUGGUGAAAAAAGUGCAGAAUCCAGAUGGCUACUACCUGGUGCUGACCUAGGCCCAGGGACAUCCCAAUGCAAGAGUUGGAGACUGAUGCCAGCCUGGUUCUCUGGAGCCCCGUGUUCACCAGAGGUCUCGUUCAAAUCCUCAGCUGCUUCACCAGGCUCCAGGUGAAGCAUCGUGUACUACUGCUAGACAGGAGGUGAGCAGCACCCAGGCUCACAUCUCUUCCUGCUCAGCAGCAGUUGUUGGAACCUGGGCACAGCCUCCCAAGCUCAGCUCAGCUGGCCAAGCCUGUGAGGCACGUAACUUGCCAAUAAGGUGCUUUUGCCCCAAACAGAGCUGCCUGAACACAGGUACAUCGAUCCAUGCUUAUUUAAAAUUGUAUUCACCAUUUCCUUUUCUUAAAAUUAAAAGUUAAUUUAAAGGUAUGUAUCUUUAAUGCUUGUUCAAUUUUCUUGGUGUUUUGGUCCUCUUCCUAAAGUAUAGAGUUGGGUAAGGUAUGGAGUCGGAGACAGAGGAAUAAAUAAAUGUCUGGACUUUUUUUUCCCUCUCCCAACUGGUUUGCCCAAAAACUAAACACUAAAGCCUCCAAAACACCAUUCAUUCAACUAUCAAAUCACUAUGCUUAUUUAAAACGUCUGGAGAUUUAAAAGUUUUAGAGAUUUGGGAAAUACUAUAAUUAUUUAACAUUGAGGCUGUGGGGCUUUAUCCUUAUUUUUCUUUAAAAAAUGUAGUUGGAUUUAAUCUUAAUCUUUUAAUUUUUAGGUCUUAAGAAAUCUCUCCCUUUCCUAUGCAUAUUUUUCAAAAAUAAAAUUUUAAUUUUGCAUUUCACUUUUAGGAUUAAAAUUGACCUGAAACUUAUUUUUUUUUUUGUAUUUCUUUUUCCAUGUAGAAAACCAAUUUUAUUUAAAAGUGCUUUUAAGAAAAGUGGCUCAGUUGGUUAAGCAGCUGACUCUUGAUUUCGGCCCAGGUCACGAUCUCAUGGAUCAUGGGUUUGAGCCCUGUGUCGGGCUCUGUGCUGACAGCAUGGAGCUUCCUUGGGAUCCUCUGUCUUUGCCCCUCCCUUGCUCUUGCUCUCUCUCGAAAUAAAUAAAUGAACUUAAAAGAAAGGAAUUAAAAAAAAAAAGAUAAUGGCAGGGGCUGGUGGGGAGAGGGGGGCGGGGGGCGCCUGGCUGGCUCAGUCAGUAGUGUGUGCAACUCUUGAUCUUGGGGUUGUAAAUUCAAGCCCCACAAUGGGUUGUAGAGAUUACUUAAGAACAUAAAAACUUAAAGUAAUAAUGGGCUGUAUCUUACUCUCUUUUUUUUCAUUCUCUUCCCUCAAAAUAUUAUUAAAAAUCUCAAACACUGUGUGGGGCACUUGGGUGGCUCAGUUGGUUAAGUGGCCGACUUUGGCUCAGGUCAGGAUCUCACCGUUAGUGUGCUCGAGCCCUGCGUCUACCUCUGAGCUGACAGCUCGGAGCCCGCUUUGGAUUCUGUGUCUCCCUCUCUCUCUGCCUCUCCCCUGCUCGCAUGCUCUUUCUC